AUGUUGCCGAGUUUAGGAUUGUUGGUUUUAACCGGGAUGCUGUGGGGUUGCUCCAAUCCCUUCAUAAGGCGCGGUACAAAGGGGCUUCGGGCCGUUAAAGCGAAUGGCAUACUCGCCCAGGCGUACGCCGAAAUAAUAUUCCUGCUGGGCAAUUGGAGGUACGUGGUGCCGUUCGUGGUGAACCAGUGCGGUUCGCUGGCCUACUUGGCGGCCGUCCAGCGCGCCCCCCUCUCCGUGGCCGUGCCCACUUCCAACGGGCUGGCGUUCGCCUUCACCGCCGUCACCGGGGCAACGGUGGGCGCAGAGGAGCCCCUGGACCGAGCUUCGAUUCUUGGCAUUGCACUUAUCGUAGUCGGGACUGCCUUUUGCUGUUUGGACAAGAGCUAC